ACUCUGUAGCCGCUCGUGUACCGUGGUUCGUGUGUGUAAUUGUGUAUUCUAACCUCUUCAUUAAAAAUGGGCGAGGUCAUCUACCUCUCUAAAUAAGCCAAUUAAAAAGUUGUUAAAAUUGGGGAUUAUUAAUAAUAACCCGCAUGUGAUAAUUAAAAAAUGUCUCUGCAACACGAAGCCGAGCAAUAUUUUAGUAAGUUAAACCCGAUAGCCAAAAGACUGCACGUUGACUUAAAUACCACCAAAGCUGCCUAUGACAAAUUAUGGUCGACACUAACAGAAAACGAACAGAACCAAAUCUUAACCGAAAGCAUAAUGAAGCCGGAGGUGUGUUUAAAGUACAGUGUACUAAAUCGCAAUGGCGAAAUUAAAAACAGUUACGCGUUAAAAAUGAUUUCCGAUGAUAACUUUUCAUAUCGAGACGAGCAUUCUGCUCCAUUUAGUUUUCGAACGCCUAGUCAGAGAGAUCUGAGAUUAUGCGAAGGUAGUAGCGAAACUGAAAAUGUUGUUAGUAAACCGAAAAUACUAGCUCAGAUUAGUACCAAGUCAGUAACCUGUGAUACGUCUUCGUCAUCAUUAUCAUCAUCGUCAUUCAAUUUACCCAAGACUGGUCUUGAUUUAUUAGACAAUUGGUAAUAUCAGUUAAGUAUUUGAGCAUAGGUACCUAUUUAUAUUGCACCUUUACACAAAUUUGUAAUUUAUGUAUCAUCUUUGUAAUAUCUAUUAAACGUUUUGUACAAUGUUUCA